CGCAGCAGAACGUGCAGCGGUAAUCCCUCCUCUUUCCCAGCAUUCCUUGGGCGAGCGUGAAUGGAGUCCGAAGCAAGAUGGCUGCGAACGAGAACGCAAUCAGCCCUCUGUUUGAUUGUCCGACAUGGGCAGGCAAACCACCCCCAGGGCUGCAUUUGGACGUCGUAAAGAUAGACAAGCUUGUAGAGAAACUGAUUAUUGAUGAGAAGAGGUACUACCUGUUCGGCAGGAACCCUGAUAUCUGUGACUUUACGAUUGAUCACCAGUCCUGCUCCAGAGUGCAUGCAGCCUUGGUCUACCACAAGCACUUGAAGAGGGUGUUCCUUAUCGACCUCAACAGCACACACGGCACAUACCUGGGGCGCAUCCGUCUGGAGCCCCACAAGCCGCAGCAGGUACCCAUCGACUCGACGGUGUCAUUCGGAGCCUCCACGAGACUCUACACCCUGCGAGAGAAGCCACAGACCCAGCCGAGCACGACCACUGGGGACGCCAAGACAGGGGAGGACGAGGAGCUGAAGGGGCUGCUAGGACUGCCGGAGGAGGAGACCGAACUGGAGAACCUGACAGAGUUCAACACAGCACACAACAAGCGAAUCUCCACCCUGACCAUCGAGGAGGGCAACCUGGAUAUCCAGCGACCGAAACGCAAGCGGAGGAGCUCCAGAGUGAUCUUCAGCGAUGAGGAAGAGAUCAUCAACCCAGAGGAUGUGGAUCCCUCAGUUGGUCGUUUCAGAAACAUGAUCCAAACAGCUGUUGUUCCAAUAAAGAAGAAGAAGUUGGAAGGUCACGGCACGCUGGGGCUGGAGGAGGCGGUGGCCCGGCGCAUGCAGAACUUCCCCUUCAGCACAGGGCUAUAUGGAGACCUGCCCCCCACCAGCCACGAGGCAGGGGGGCACUCCCACGGGGCUCACGGGGGGGCCACCAUCCUGGGGGGGCUCCCCAUGCCGUUCCCCAACCUUGCCCCCGACGUGGACCUGACCCCGGCCUCCGUCCCGCCCACCGUCGCCCUGAACCCCACCCCCACCCCCGGGGCUGGCUUCCCCUCCGAGUCACUCAACGAGCCCAAGAAGAAGAAAUACGCCAAGGAGGCCUGGCCGGGCAAGAAGCCUACCCCCUCCCUGCUCAUCUGACAGGGGCGCUGGACUGUAUGCCAUCGGGGGCGCCCUUGCGCUGUGCUUGUUUUGUUUGUUUUUUUAUGUGGGAGGGGUGGGUGGGGCAGCAGGGUUUUGAAGUCGCAUGGCAGCUUUGAAAGUUUGAAUAGCAGUAGUUUCAUUGACCAAAAACAUAGUGUGUUGUCACAGUGAUUACAAUACAGCUCCCGUUGCAUAGUAGAGUAAAACCAUUCCAGGUUCUACCGUGGGCUUAGUCAGUCCCAAACACAGGUCCACAGUAAAACUUGAAAUGCUCUGAGCUGCUAAAAUACAUUUGUGACAAAUCAAUGUUAUACAAUGUAUAAUUGGGGGCCUGCUACACCCUACACAAUACAAAGGUUGUUUUUUUUUAAUACAGUGCGUCUUUAUUGGACCAAAGGGAAACACAAACUAUGUCUGCAAACUAUCUGUUGGGAGUAAACUGUUACCAU